AUGAAUGUGCAAUUUUUCACUGUUCAAAUCAAUUCCUUGCCGCAUCUUGCUGCGGCUUAUGUUUACUACCAUCGAAUGAAACGUUCCAUGUUGCUCUACGUACCUUAUUUGAUGCUUUUCACUUUCGGACAACUCAUGUCUUGGUGGUUGCCGUACUUUUUCCGCAUCGGGUUUUGGUAUGCGGAUGGAACCGGUGAAAAACUACGACAAUAUCAACAGUACCAUGCACACUAUCAUCGAAUAUUACCCCGAUUCAAAAAUCAUGAGAUUAUUCCUGAUACAGAACAUACAAUUCUAAUCGUACUGACUUGCAUUACAUUUGUGCUAACGAUUCGAUCCGUGUAUUCAUCGAGACUGAGGUCAAAUUCCAAAACCAAAGCAAAAUAG